AUGGCUGGCUUUAAUGUCCGCAGCGUUCUGGUGACUGGGGCCAAUCGGGGAAUCGGCCUGGAGCUCGUCAAGCAGUUUCUGGAGAAAUCAAACCCACCCGAGUGGGUCUUUGCGACCUGCCGGGACCCGAAGGGAGAGCGAGCACAGCAAUUGAAGAACUUGGCGUCCAGGCAUCCGAACCUGGCGAUCGUUGCGCUAGAAGCUACUGACCCAGCCAGCAUCAAGGCAGCAGCUACCAGAGUUGAGGAGCGUCUGAAAAGCUCGGGACUGAAUCUGUUGAUAAACAAUGCUGGGAUAGCAAGGCUGAGCACACUAGAGUCUGAGACACCGGAGGAUAUGUCCCUGGUGUACGCAACCAACGUGACAGGGCCCCUACUGGUGAGCCAGGCGUUCCUGCCCUUGCUGAAGAAGGCUGCCCAGGGGAGCCCCCAACCAGGGCUGAGCUGCAGCAAAGCGGCCAUUGUUAACAUGUCCAGUGACAGCGGCUCCAUCACGAAUCUCUUUGGCUGGCAGAUGGGGCAAGUUGUCUCUUAUCGGUGCAGCAAGGCUGCUCUGAACAUGCUCACCAAGUGCCAGUCCUUGGGGUAUGAGGGAGACGGGAUCCUGAGCAUCGCUGUCCAUCCUGGCUGGGUGCAGACUGACAUGGGGAGUUCAACCCCCGACCAGGCUCCACUGACGGUGGACGUGAGUGUCCAAGGGAUCCUGAACGUGCUUCCAACGCUCUCCAAGAAGGACAACGGAGCCUUUGUGAACUGGGAAGGGAAAGUUCUUCCCUGGUGAGAACCCCCUGACCAUGCGA